AUGAAGGCUCCGGGUCGGCUCCUGCUCAUCGUCCUCUGCUCUGCGGGCUUCUCGGCUGUCUACAUCCUGCUGUGCUGCUGGGCCUGCCUGCCCUUCUGCCCGGCCGCCUGCCUGGACCCCCACCUCUCUAUCAGCUCCAGGCCCACCGUGCCGGGGCCUCUGCACUUCAGUGGCUACAGCAGUGUGCCAGAUGGGAAGCCGCUGGUCCGAGAGCCGUGCCGCAGCUGCGCCGUGGUGUCCAGCUCAGGCCAGAUGCUGGGCUCGGGCCUGGGCGCCGAGAUCGACGGUGCUGAAUGUGUCCUGCGCAUGAACCAGGCGCCCACCUUGGGCUUCGAGGCAGACGUGGGCCAGCGGAGCACCCUGCGGGUCAUCUCCCACACGAGCGUGCCUCUGCUGCUGCGAAACUACUCCCACUACUUCCAGCAGGCCCGCGACACGCUCUAUGUGGUGUGGGGCCAGGGGAAGCACAUGGACCGGGCGCUGGGCGGCCGCACCUACCGUGCGCUGCUGCAGCUCACCAGGAUGUACCCUGGCCUGCAGGUGUACACGUUCACCGAGCGAAUGAUGGCCUACUGCGACCAGGUCUUCCAGGACGAGACGGGCAAGAACCGGAGGCAGUCCGGGUCCUUCCUCAGUACCGGCUGGUUCACCAUGAUCCUCGCCCUGGAGCUGUGUGAGGAGAUCGUGGUCUACGGGAUGGUCAGCGACAGCUACUGCAGGGAGGAGCAUCACCCCUCGGUGCCUUACCACUACUUUGAGAAGGGCCGGCUGGAUGAGUGUCAAAUGUACCUGGCGCAUGAGCGGGCGCCCCGCAGCGCCCACCGCUUCAUCACCGAGAAGGCUGUGUUCUCUCGCUGGGCCAAGAAGAGGCCCAUCGUCUUCGCCCAUCCAUCCUGGAGGAUGCAGUGGCCCCAUCGCCACAGCGCCAUCACCAGGCCUCUGUUGCAGCCACACUCCGCCAAAAACACUUAA